ACUAACUCAGCAAAAGGUUUUAUCGCGCACUUACAGUUUCCGCUGGAUCUGCAACCACAAGAGGCGCUGCUGCAUGUUUGUUUCUGUAUUCUAGCUCUGAACACAUCACUCGUACUAUGGCGUCGUCAUACCCUGGUUCCGUCAGUGCUGCCCAGGUGGGUUCCUACUUUGUUGGACAGUACUACCAAGUUCUGCGGCAACAGCCCAAUCUGGUUCACCAGUUCUACUCUGAUUCAAGCAGCAUGGUUCGCGUUGAUGGAGAUUCCACCACGACUGCUUCCGAUGUCCUGCAAAUUCACUCUAUCGUCACCUCACUUGAUUUUAUUACAAUUGAGAUUAAGACAAUCAAUUCUCUCGAUUCUUGGGAUGGAGGUGUGCUUGUAGUUGUCUCAGGUUCUGUCAAGAUGAAGGAUAUCAGUGGGAGACGGAAGUUUGUUCAAACCUUCUUUCUUGCUCCUCAGGAGAAGGGUUACUUCGUACUGAAUGAUGUUUUUCAUUUUGUUGAUGAUGGAGUAGUAUACUCAAAUCUGGCACCAGUGGCAUCCGAAAAGAUUGACACACAACAUGAAUCAACGUCUCUUGCAGAGCCACCAGCUCCAGAUUAUGAUUUGGAGGAAGAAGCUAGGGAAUAUGUCAACUCAGUGCAUAUAGGUGAUGAUCCGGUGGACAAAUAUAGUCUUCCUGAGCAACAGGAACAGCAGCUACAUGAAGAUCUUGAAGAUGAAAUUGUGGUUGAAGAAACUCCUGUAGAGGAGACAUCACCACCCCGUCAAAAUGUUGCACAUACCACCCAUGAAAUCCCUGUUUCUCAUGUGGAGGAGUCUUUAGAGGAGCCUCCCAAGAAAACUUACGCAUCUAUUUUGCAAGUUGCUAGAGGGCUGUCAACUGCGCCGCAGCAUACACCACAGCAUUCCUUUAAAAGUGCCCCACCUCCUUCAGUAUUAAACCAUGUAGCACAGCCUGCUGUUCAGCAGUCAAGCUCCUCAUCUACGUACGCUCCUGAGUUUGGUUCUGAGGCUAAUGAGGAAGCCUAUGGACUAGAAGAAGAAGGAGAAGUGACUUCUGUCUACGUGAGGAACUUGUCUCCUAAUGUCACUGAAUAUGAGAUCGACCAGGAGUUUAGAAGUUUUGGAAAAAUUAAGCCAGAUGGAAUAUUCAUUAGGGUCCGAAAGGAAAUUGGAGUUUGCUAUGCUUUUGUGGAGUUUGAAGACAUUAUUGGUGUUCAAAAUGCUCUUCAGGCAUCUCCCAUACAAUUGGCUGGUAGACAAGUAUACAUAGAGGAGCGGAGACCAAACAGUGGCGGUGCGGCAGCAGCUCGGGGAGGAAGAAGGGGAAGAGGCAGAGGCAGUUAUCAAACGGAUGCUCCAAGGGGGCGUUUUGGUGGUAGGGGACCGGGCAGGGGAAAUACUCAGGAUGCAUCAGAGUAUACCAGACUAAGAGGUGAAGGUUAUCCUCAGCGUGGUCCGCGAUGAGUAGUGUAUCAGACAGCAUGCAUGAAGAUGGGUGUUCAAGGUCUCGUACGAUUAUUGAAUUCUGAUAUUUAUGUGGGUGGGUAUUUGAUGCAGGACUUCUGUGCCUUGAUAGAAAGGAGUUUUACAUUUUGGGUGUGUCGUUUGUUGUGAAAGCGGUGUUUAGACCUGAGUUAGUUUGUUUUGCAAGUAUAACAUUAGUUACUUCCCUUUGAAUGCUUUUUAUUAUGCCAUUCAAUUGGGAAAUUUUGGUUAUUUGUGAUGUACCCCAAGUCAGGAUUGUGGGGGGUUUUUCAGUGACUGAAAGGUCUGUUUGAAAGGAUAUAUAAUGGUUUAGAUGUCACUGGAGGUCAA